CAGUCAUCACAAGUCACAAAACGGGAAUCAUAAAAUCAGCGGUAUGCUAUCAAAAUCAAAAAUAUUGAUGCGCUGCAUCGGGAAAUGCAGUAAAACUGCAAAACGUGAAUAUAUGUACCCGAGUAACACAAGUGCUGAUGUGGAACAAAUCUGGGACGCAGAUUAUAUGGACAAUAUCAAUAUGUUUGACUCGACUCCUGAUCUGGAAAAUGGGCAAGGAAAAUCCGCACAAACAUUUACAUUAGACUUUACAUCAUCCGAUCCUCUUGAUGUCGCAAAAUCAGUGGCAAAUGCCGAAAACCGGUCAGUCAUGACGAGCAUUGGAAGUGGUAAUACCUCUCUGAAAUAUCGGUUAAACUAUGGCCCCGACUCUGCGAGUAGUUUACAAUGUGAGGUAGAGGAGAAAUCAAGUAUAUGGCUUCAAAGUGAGUGUACCGUAAUGACCCCUGUUGGCAAAGAUCCCUUAACCACACUAGUAGAUAAGUUUCAACAAGCUAAAUCACUUCCUGUUUACAUUGACGCUUUGGCUAGACUGAAUAAUGACAUAGCGGGGCAUACACAAAACAAUUUGAUUAAUUUUAAUCAUAACGAAAUCGAGUCGUUAUUUUUAAGAAUCAAAGAGCAUGGGCCGGGUUUGGUCGUUAUCCAAUCCGUAUAUGGUAAAACAGGGACAAUAGCGCCGUUGGAAAAAAUGUGCCAGCUCACACGAGAACUGGACUGCACGCUUAUUGUCGAUGAGACAAACGCUCUAGCUGUUUAUGGAGAAGAGGGCGCUGGAAAAGUGGCUGAGCUAGACUUACACGACUUCAUUCCAUACAGAAUUGCAAGGUUACCUGCGCUUGGGUCAAAUUUGGGACUGAUUACAUGCUUUAAAAGCAAUGUUGACACUCUAAGAGAACCACUAAAUGUUGGCAUUGAUGAACUAGAUAGGUUGUUAUUAGCUAUAGAGCAUGUUAAAGAAAAUGCAUGGGCGAGAGAUUUGCUCCGAUCGAAAUCAAAGUACUUAAAAGACAAAAUAAUCGACAUGGGUUAUCCAGGGAUCCAUUUGCACCAUCCUAGUCAUAUAUUUGGCUUAUGUAUUGGGGACACUUCUCGCGUAAACGAGAUUUCGAACUUUCUUAAAUCUUGUGGAGUUAACACAGAGAAACAUACUCAUCCUUCAGUGCCAGAAUACCGUGAUUUAUUACAGUGGAAGUUGAAUGUAACAAAAAGUACAACUCAACUCAACAAUACUGUAGAUAUUCUAAGAGAAAUGUUGGACAAAAGAGUUGCGCGUCCUUGGAACUGGCCAGACGCCUUUAAAAGACCAAGACUGUUCACUUAGAAUCAAAUGCCUUCAAUAUGCAUACCAAGUAUGUUAACUUAAAAUAUACGUCAAACGUUUUCAAUGAACUAAGGAGCAAAACUGUUAUUUUGAAUGAAAGAUUCUGUUCAUUAUUUCAUUCCAAUGGCAGGCAUAUUGGACAUGAUCUAAUAAAAGACACGCACCUCUUUAAACUGAGAUUUGGUAAGACGUUUAGUCAGAGGGACGUCAAAUACCUAAUAGUCAGUACGCCUGAUCCAUGGACUUUGCACAUAUCUACCUAUAUGAUAAGUUUAAACGCAAUCUCUUCCGGUUAAAGAUUCAUUACUGAUUAAUGUAAAUCUAUUUUUAAUAAAUAAACGUUUUAUCUAU